GUGCCUCCGAGUACAGAGGCUUCAACGCAGCAUGCGCGCUUAGAGUAUACAGUCCACGUACAGACGAAAUGAUCGUGAAUUUAUCAUGUAGGUAUUGCUGUUCUUCAUCAUCGUCACUUUCGUCACCUCUUCUUGGUAAUAGCACUACGACCGGAAGCUCGAGGUUCCAUCUCACGCCAACACCGAGAGCCACGGCUCCGAGCGCCACAAACCUGCACUCCCUGGACAUCCGCGGGCCUUAGUCGGGUUGUCUAUUUUGGAUGCCGGGCUGUAUACAUCAUUGCCCGGCUACUGGUAGUCAUGACCACCCAGUUUGCGCCCUCACCGGAGCACUCAAUCACCAAUAUCGUUUCACUUGGAUGCAUCUUGCCAUUGCAGUCCGUAGAUGACUACAGGAGAUUUACUCGAACACAAGAUCAAGAAGGAAACACUACCCAGCUGUGGAUCGACAGUUCACCACAGAGCACCGGAAGCCCUGCUUCGAAGGAUCGCACUAAGAAGAGGAUGCCGUUUCAGAGGUUAAGAAGUUCGAAGAAGUCGGGCACUGUGCUGCGUGCGGUGCCAGAAACGACAGAAUGUGAAUCGGCUCUCCUCGCUGACGAGCGAGACAUGUCUACGUCAACUCAUCAGGCCAAGAGCUGCAAGUCAGCAUCAAGCAGUCCAGCCUUAUCGUCGAUAUCAGAAAACGAAGCUUCCCAGGGAUGGAUCACACACAACGCCACCUCCCCCGCAAAACAAGAUAACACUCUGAAAACGGCCUCGAGUAUCGCUUCGCUCAAGGGAGCUAUUGGUACAUAUAAACACGGAAGGAUUCAGUGGCGCCUCAAAGACAAACACGGCCUUCGCGCAGUCAAGAGCUUGAAGCCAAAGAUACAUGUGGUGAUCCCUAGCGGAGCACAAGAUCGAGCUCAACCAACAGUUCCAAAUUCUGGACACCCUAGCAUCGCGCAAGUUCGGUCCGCUUCCGCUGAGAUUGAGGAUGCGUAUGACAUAUCUCCACCAACAGGAACUAGCAAAGCUAUGAUGCGCGACUCAGUCGUAUCACCACUCAACCACCCACCUGCGGUGUCCCUCGGACGGUUCCAGCUGUCAGCUCCUACCACACCAACGAACCCUAAGAAUUCACAGAAUCGCAAGAACGACUCAACCUCAACGACCUCAUCAGUCAGUUCCCGAGAGAGCGAUGCGUUCUCCCUGCACAGCAACCAUUCUUCGGAAACCAGUGUCGAGGAGGACAAUCUACGUAUAGUUCCCAAGGCUAUGGACGAGUGUCCAAUAGUCGGCGCUGACUACGGCCCUCCUCCAGCGAUACCACCGCGUCGCUAUGCGCCAUGUUCGACCAAGCAAAAUGCCAAAUUCCAGCCUACAUGCACGAUUCGACCUACACGCGAUGCCAUGAAUGGCAUUACUCGCCGAUCAACCGUCUACCGCAAGACCUCGAACUCGAGCAGCUACCGAAGAAGCCUCGAUUCACACCCCAGUAUUGGUGCUAUCAACCAAGCGAUAAGUCGGUCUGAGUCGAAGAAGUCGAACAGCGGGCGAAGUAAAAGCCCAACACUGAGCGAGGCUGAGAAUGAGCUUGAGAGGUCCUUGACUUCGCUCACAGAGGACAGUUUCUUGGGUAGGCUCACGGAUAACGACAGGCUACCCCUGAGCCCUAUGAAGGAGCGCAACACACACCCCUGGAGGAAAUACAUGACGAGACCGUCGGUCGAACCUGCUCCGCUACUACCAAGAAAAUCUAGUAAGCGACAAUCAGUCAUCAAUGCGGAAUUAUUUAGGCUGUCUCGCGUACCGAAUGACCACAUCGCAUCCCAAAUCACAAGAGGACGGUCGCUGAGAAGGGAACAGAAGUUGACAGUGGAUAUCCCUCCUGUCAGCCACAGAUCAACCGAGGAGUUCGUUUCAUCACCUUUGCCAAUUUCCGCGAAGGUAGAGCCACGCAUCAUCUCACCUAGCGACGCCGAAAACGUGCUUCAUAAGAUCUUGCAGAGCGUGGACCAACUCGAGGAUUUGUUUGCUCUGGCUGUUGUCAGCCCUGGAUUCUACCAUGUUUUCAAGCACCACGAGCUCGACCUCAUCAAGUUUGUUUUACUGAAGACGUCGCCGCCUGCAUGGGAAUUUAGAGAGAUCGCCUUCCCCGGGCACGACUUGCUACACGAUGAGGAUCUGGAGAUGACACGGCCUUUCGAGGAGUACACACCUGCGAGCUAUUUCCAUCUCCAGAAACGCGAUAUGCACGUUCUUCGAGAGAUCAAGUCAUUGAUUCAUGAAAAGUGUCAGUCGUUCGUACGACCCGAGAUCUCUGUUGCGCUUGCUGACGAAACGUCGCCUAAUGCUGCAAGAGUCAACGAUGCAUUGUGGCGCAUCUGGACAUUUUGCAAGAUCUUUGGGUCUGGUAAAGGGCGCGAGGAUGAUGUGAUUGCUCAACAAGACUGGCUCCGGGGAGGUGUGCAGGCACACCAACCAGCAUGCACCUUCAGUGUCAUGAGCACAGAUUUCAUGAAUGACACCCUGAUCGUUGCGCCAGAUUGUUUCGCGAAGGGCAACGAAGGUGGCUUGUCGGCAGAGCAACUGUUCGAUAUGAUGGAACUGUGGAAUUGCUUGGGCGUUCUGCUGCAAGGCUUCCAAAGUCGCACCGCUGAAGCGCGCAAAUUCGGUAUCUACGAUGACACUGAAAUCCGAGGAGGCGAUAUUGACGGAGAAGAGAUGAUGCUAGAUGAGUGGUGUCACCACCUUCUCAGCUUCGGACUCGCCACCGUACUUGUCCUUGCCCACCCUUGCUACGAAAAUAACGGGAUUGCUUUCAAGUUAGCUAAUGCCAGAGGUUUGACUAGGUGGAACCCUCCCAUUCAUGGCAGUAGCAAGAGGAGUUUCCUGAAAGAGGCAGCUUCCCGCGUCUACGAGGACAAGCUCGCGCACAUCUACGCAGACAGCUCAACGCGCGAGCUUCAGCGACAGAUGUCGAAGCAACGCAUCCAGAAGCACAUCAAAGAUCUCAGGACCCGUAAGGACAGCGGCGAGCAGCUCCGAAUUAUUCGCCAAAGCCAGGACCGACCCAUGAGCGAAUGGGAGAACGUAAUGAGCAGUCUUACUCGGGCACACCCUCCAUUGCCAACAAAUAACCUCACCUCCCACAUUCGGUCAAUCCGACCUACCCCUGCGAUCGCGCAGGAGAUUUUAACCCAUAUCUCCGAACUCUCUGCAGCACAACCCACGGCACGAGCGCUUCUACCUCCUCUCAUCACGCACUCUCCACCACGACGAACUGUAGCUCAGCCUCUCCUCCCCACCCCUUCCUCGUCUACGAUAUCGGGAGCCCGCGACCGAAGCAGUAUCGCCACAAGCGCCAUGCCCUCCAUCAUCGAACACCCCAUCUUCCUCACCCAGUCCCCUCAGCAACUUCCGUUUCCGACCCACCCAGCGUUCCGCUCGCAACGCCCGUACGCCGCCCGAAAGGAGACGGAUAUCAGUAUCAGCUCGCGCGGCUCAAGUGACAGCUCGCGCAGCGAGCGUAGUGGUGGUCUAAUGGUCGCCCAUCAUCCGGUUUUCCAGCAACAUCCAGCGCAAGCGGAUAUCUUUGAUAGCCCGGCGCAUGAGAAUACGGCGGAUAAGGCUAUUUAUCGCAUUGUGGAGAUGGGGUUUACGGCUGAACAAGCGAGGGACGCGUUGAGGAUCACGGAUGCGGGGGAUGGGUUGAGAGUGGAUCGCGCGGUGGAGUUGUUGUUGAGUCGGCAGAUGUGAGCUCGAGAGGAUUGGAUGCUGCUCUUGUCGUACUCCUUGUUUCUCUUCUUUUCGGUUCUGCAUCAGCGUCGACAUUUGUACUGUCACUUCCCUUUGCUCUAACUUUCCCAGUUUGUAUAUCAUCGCGAGAUACCCACCCUUCACUAGGUUUCACUGCUUUUUCGUUUGGUAGCAUCACAGAACUAAGAAUGGAAGACCAUGACAGAGAUGUAUCUUCG